AGUAUGAAAAACUACUGUGCCAGUUUAGCUCAUAAAACCAACCACAGUUUCCUGCCUAACUGUGAAUUCUCUGAAAUUUUUCACCCCAGAUGGGGGUUCACUCCGUGUUUGGUGACACGUCAGGACGUUGCCAGAGACGAGGAGCUGCUUGUUAUGUACGGAUAUGACCUAGAUUACUGCCCUGAAUGGUAUAAAGAUGCUUGGGAAAAUAGUUGUUCUGGCUUUGAGACCGACAAGCUUAAAUCUGGAUAAAGUUCAGAAUUCAGAAAAAAAGCCUAAAAGAUAACUUUAAUUAGAUUAUUCAUAAAAUAUCUGUAAACAUUCCAAUUACGCAAUAAAUAAUUGCCAUUUA